UCACAGUCACAGAUGUAUGCAUUACACAGUGGCGCCGGUAUAACAGAACAGAAGCAGAGAGAAGAGAAGAGAUGGUACUGACACACUCCAAAAUGGAAAAGGAGAGUACAGAAACAGAAGCAGAGACCCCUCAAACACAAGCAGUUCUGAAUUGUAUUGACCUUUCCAAUCCCAACACCGACCAAUCUGUUCAUUUGCUCAAACAGUCUUGCACCGAUUCUGGGUUUUUCUACCUUAUCAAUCAUGGAAUUAGCCAGGAAUUUAUGGAUCAAGUUUUUGCUCAAAGCAAGAAAUUUUUCACUCUUCCGUUAAACCAAAAGAUGAAGCUUCUCCGGAACAAUAAACAUAGGGGUUAUACUCCUCUUCUUGAUGAAAUCCUUGAUCCUCAAAAUCAAUUACAUGGAGAUUACAAAGAAGGAUAUUACAUUGGAGUUGAAGACAAUGAUGACCCACUUCAUCUCAAACCUUUUUAUGGCCCAAAUUUAUGGCCUGCAUCAGAUGUUUUGCCUGGAUGGAGGGAGACUAUGGAAGAAUUCCAACGUCAGGCAUUAGAAGUGGGGAAAGCAAUUGCAAGGAUAAUAGCCCUUGCACUUGGUUUGGAUGCUAAUUUUUUUGAUAAACCAGAAACCCUAGGAGAGCCUAUUGCAAUUGUGCGCCUGCUACACUAUCAAGAUAAAAUCUCGGAUCCCUCACAAGGGUUAUACGCAGCUGGAGCUCAUACCGAUUAUGGUCUGAUUACUCUGCUGGCAACAGAUGAUGUUCAGGGUCUUCAAAUAUGCAAGAAUAAGGAUGCUGAACCUCAGAUUUGGGAGGAUGUGACACCAUUGAAGGGAGCAUUUAUAGUUAAUCUUGGAGACAUGCUGGAACGCUGGAGCAACUGUACUUUCAAGUCUACAUUGCACAGGGUUAUAGGUAUUGGUCAAGAGAGAUAUUCUAUUGCAUACUUUUUGGAGCCUGGUCAUGAUUGUCUAGUGGAGUGCUUGCCAACCUGCAAAUCAGAAUUAAAUCCUCCAAAAUUUCCCCCCAUCUAUUACCGGGACUACUUGAGUCAGCGCUAUAAGGAAACACACGCUGAUCUGCAUGUAUAUGGCAAACAACAAUCCUGAGCACAUGCUUGAGCCAUGUUAAACAAAACCAAGUUGCCACAGCAAAUAACUGUAAAUAUAAUGCUUUCUCAAGCCGUUUCUUUAGGCAAGUUGUUGCAAACAUUGAAAUGAAAUAAGGAUAUCAUGAUGGAAAAAACAUUGGUUCAAGUAAAGCAUAACAUCGUUUAUUCUUGCACAAA